AUGGUGCAAAUCACCGAACAGCUGGUCCGCAAACGCGCGGAACACAAUGAGCUGAUGAUCGGAACGCUGGAGGAAUUGUCUCUACACCAGGAAGACAUCGAACGGAUUGAGCAUAUUGGCAACUGGUGCCGGGAUCUGCGGAUACUGCUUCUCCAAUCGAACCUCAUUCCGCGGCUUGAGAAUUUGCAUCGCUUGAAGCGGCUCGAAUACCUAAACGUGGCCAUCAACAACAUUGAACGAAUCGAGAACCUUUCCGGACUGGAAUCGCUCCGCAAGCUUGACCUAACGCUUAACUUUAUUGGCGAGCUGACGAGCGUGGAAAGCCUGCGGGAAAAUUACAAUCUCCGCGAACUGUUUCUAACCGGUAACCCGUGCACCGACUACCCCGGUUAUAGGACGUACGUUGUGACGGUGCUUCCGCAGAUCGAGCACCUUGACGGGCAGGAAGUGACUCGGGGUGAACGGUUGAAGGCGGCGAAAGAAUUCCCCGGUCUUCGUGAACGAAUCGUCCAGCUAGAGGCACAAAAUCGCAUUGAACGCGACGAGCAGCGAGUCCGGGUUGGUCGGGAACUCGCGUCCAACGAAGACGACGCCGGGAACGACGACGAUGAGCAGCGCAAGGUGACGGACUUCUGGCAGCAGAAAAGCGAACACUGUCCGGAAACGCGCAUCCAGAUGGCUAAAUACUCGCGAAGGGCCGCCAAAGAUCGACCAACAUCCGGAGACCUGGAGCUAAAGAAACCACCACGUACACGGAAACUGUUUGCCGACUGUGGCCGUCCUUACAGUUUGAACGAACCCCGGCUCGGCUUUGAGUUUCGUGACGAGCCGGACCGUUACGAGCUGAAUGUUCAUCUGUAUCGCUUUCUCGACACUUCGCUCGUCGAAGUGGACGCUCAGCCGAACUAUGUGCGCAUCACGGUCAAGGGAAAAGUAUUUCAGCUUGCUCUUCAGCACGAAAUCCAUCCAGAUCGUGCCUCCUGCCAACGUUCGACGACCACUGGCCACAUGCUGAUUGUAAUGCCGAAACUGAAUCCCGAACAGAUUGUGCCACUUGCGACACGGGAUGAGAAGGCACCGGCGACGAAACCUGCGAACAGGUCUAACGAUCGCAAGGAGCUUGCGGGCACGGUCAAUAUUCGCACCAUUUGCGCACCGGAAACGCACGACGAAGACGAUGUACCGGAGUUGGUUUAG